UGGACCUCUGGACCGCAGUACUGCAGCUGUUGCGCGGCGCUCUGCCACCGGGGGGCGCUGCAGCAACACAGCCCGACACGCGGGGGGGCGUUUUACUCUUACACCAGGACAAAGUGAAGCAUCUCCCAGAGAACAGCAGAGUGAUACAGGAGGAGAGUGAUACAGGCGGAGAGUGAUACAGGCGGAGAGUGAUACAGGCGGAGAGUAAUACAGGCGGAGAGUGAUACAGGCGGAGAGUGAUACAGGCGGAGAGUGAUACAGGAGGAGAGUAAUACAGGAGCGGUGUGAAGUGAGAAUGUCUAAGGGUGAAAGGCUGCUGAUUAAAGGAGGGUGUGUGAUCAAUGAUGAUCAGUCGAUGGUGGCGGACGUGUUGGUGGAGGACGGAGUGAUAAAGCAGGUGGGGGACAGUGUGACGGUGGCAGGUGAUGUGCGGGUGAUGGAGGCGGGGGGGUGCUUGGUGAUGCCCGGUGGGGUGGAUGUAAACACCUGUUUGCAGAAGCCGUACCUUGGCACCAUGCCAGCCGACGACUUCUACCUGGGCAGCCGAGCCGCCCUCGCCGGGGGAACCACCAUGAUCAUUGAUCAUGUGUGUGUGCAGCGGGGGGAGUCUCUGCUGCAGGUAUUUGAGCAGUACCGGGACGCGGCGGUGAAGACGAGCUGCUGUGAUUUCUCUCUGCAUGUGGACGUUCCGGACUGGAGCGACUCGACUCGAGAGGAGCUGCACACUCUGGUCCAGGAGAAAGGUGUGAACUCUUUUCAGGUUUUUAUGGCCUAUAAGGAUGUGUGUCAGCUGUCUGAUGGCCAGUUGUAUGAGGUGAUGGAGUGUCUGAGGGAUUUGGGGGCAGUGGUUCUGGUUCAUGCUGAGAACGGAGACCUGAUUUCUCAGGAACAGAAUAAAAUCCUGAGUUUGGGAAUCACCGGACCCGAGGGACACGUCCUGAGCCGGCCAGAGGAGCUCGAGUCUGAGGCCGUGUUCCGGGCUGUAACCCUUGGCAACAGCACUAACUGUCCGGUCUACAUCACCAAGGUGAUGAGUAAAGGAGCUGCUGACAUCGUGGCUGCUGCCAGAAAGAGAGGGUCGGUGGUGUUCGGUGAGCCGAUCACAGCUAGCGUAGCGUCGGAUGGUACGCACUACUGGAGUAAAAACUGGUCAAAAGCUGCUGCAUUUGUGACAUCACCACCGCUCAGCCCUGACCCCACGACCCCAGACCACCUGAUCUCCAUGUUGGCCUGUGGGGACCUGCAGGUACUGGGCAGUGCACACUGUGUUUACUCAAUUUCCCAGAAGGCCAUUGGGAAAGAUGAUUUCACUCUGAUUCCUGAAGGGACCAAUGGCAUCGAAGAAAGAAUGUCCUUCAUCUGGGACAAAGGAGUGGCUGCGGGAAAGAUGGAUGAGAACCAGUUUGUUGCGGUGACGAGCACCAACGCAGCCAAGCUCUUUAACCUGUACCCGCGUAAGGGCCGCGUGGCCAUCGGCUCCGACGCCGAUCUCGUCAUCUGGAACCCCGACAAGAUCCAGACCAUCACCGCCAAGUCCCAGCACUCGAAUGGGGAGUAUAAUAUAUUUGAGGGGCAGGAGGUCCGGGGGGGUCCGCAGGUGGUUCUGAGUCAGGGUCGGGUUGUUUUUGAAAACGAGACCCUCAGUGUUCAGCCUGGAUCUGGACGCUUCAUCCUGCGCCAAGCCUUCCCUGAUUACGCCUACCAGCGCAUCCGCAUGAGGAACAAGGCCUCUGGUUCGCAGGCAGUUUGCCGUGGUGUGUAUGAUGGGCCAGUGUGUGAUGUGCCUCCUACACCCAAAUACCUAACCCCCGCCCCCUCCGCCAAAACAUCCCCGGCCAAAAACCAGCCUCCACCAAUCAGAAACCUGCAUCUGUCAAACUUCAGCCUGUCAGGACCGGAAUACCCACAAGCUGCGCAGGCGGAUGAGAACGGGCCGCGCCGCGCCUGCCACCGCAUCGUAGCGCCACCCGGAGGACGCUCCAGCAUCACCAACCUGGGCUGAGUCUCUCCACCUCCUCACAACUCCAACCAUGGUGCUGACCGCCUCUGCCCACAGCUGCCGGGCAGAUGUCUUACUGCGUGUGUGUGUGUGAGUGUGUGUGUGUGUGUGUGUAGUACUGCAUGUGGAUAGGGGGUUUUUCUGCAUGUUGAGUGUGACGCUGCUGUUUGUUUAGUGCUAAUUGUGUUCAGAUCAGAUACAGCCCUGAACUCCUGUGUCCUUCACUGCAACCUCACUAUAAAUAAUUUACAUACAUUCAUUUACAUAAGUUUCACAGAAAUUAACACCCGAUAUUCUUCACCACAGGUUUACACUUUUCAUCUGAUUAUAGCCCCACUAUGUGGAGUAAUGAAGCAGUGAGUUUAGUAAGUCUAAUUGGGGGGCGGAGUUUUUCAUAAAUAUAUUCAUAUCUGAUAUUCUACUCUUCUCCCCAAGCCCCGCCCCCUACACACUUCAGCACCUGCCCUCCUCCACCCACAUCCACCCACCCCAGGAACUGACACUAACUCACAACACACACCCAGCCAGUGUAAAGGUGUGUGUGUGUGUUCUGUAAGGUGAGGUUCCAGAGCAGAGAACACACGGCUGUAACUGAACUUUUAUACCUGUUUUUAUUCCACUGUACAACUUCACUGCUGUGUAACGUAAACAACAAUAAAAACAACAACAACAACAACAACCAGCUUCUUUUACACACACUCUUACACACUCUCACAAUCAGGAUGCAGCAUCUCUCUCCUCCUGGGCACAGCAGCUUUACACACUUCUGUGUUGAUCACCCUGAGAAAGGAGAAAGAGAGGGAGAGAGAGAGAGAGAAAGAGAGGGGGAGAGAGAGAGAGAGAGAGAGAGAGAGAGAGAGAGAGAGAGAGAGAAAGAGUUCAGUUCUUCAGUGUAACAGAAUAUAAAAAAAACUCUCCGAACACGUCUCAGCUAUUUUAGGGAUUAUUUUUAGACACGCUACACCCUACAGCACGUAUCCCUCCACCAUUUUUUUGAUUAAGACAAAGAUCUGCUCAGAACUAAAACAGCAGUGCACUCAUAACUACUUACUGCAAUAACUUUCUGUUAGGAACUUACAGCUUCAGAAUUCUAUACAGCUUAGAUUACAGAUUAGUUCUGGUAUUGCCUGUAGGGGUCAGUAUGGAGUAAAGGCUCAUCUUUCUCUGCUUUCUGGUGGCAACACACUUCUCUCUCUCUCUCUACACACACACACACACACACACACACACACACA